UGGAGCCUUCUGGAAGCCGUCCCUCCUUUUGAGAGCUUCUGAGCCCCAGCAGUGCGGACUCCCUACCGGCGAUACUUUUUACUUUUACAUCGCUGGUUGAGCUGCUUCGUUAUGUCUGCCAUAAAAUCUCUGAACCCAAAAGCAGAGGUGGCCAGGGCCCAGGCCGCCCUUGCGGUUAACAUCAGUGCCGCCCGGGGGCUUCAGGAUGUGUUGAAAAGCAACCUGGGACCGAAGGGGACCAUGAAGAUGCUGGUGUCCGGUGCAGGAGACAUCAAGCUGACCAAAGAUGGCAACGUCUUGUUGCACGAGAUGCAAAUUCAGCACCCAACGGCAUCACUCAUUGCGAAGGUUGCCACGGCGCAGGAUGACAUAACGGGAGACGGAACAACAUCGAAUGUCCUCAUCAUCGGUGAACUGCUGAAGCAGGCUGACCUCUACGUGUCAGAGGGUCUUCACCCAAGAAUCAUUGCUGAGGGCUUUGAGGCGGCUAAAGAGAAAGCCUUGGCUGUUCUGGAAGAGGUGAAGGUGACUCAGGAAAUGGACAGAGAGACCCUCAUCAACGUAGCACGCACCUCCCUCAGGACCAAGGUCUACGCAGAGCUGGCAGACCUGCUCACUGAGGCUGUAGUAGAUGCUGUGUUGGCCAUCGCUAAACCUAAUGAGCCCAUUGACCUGUACAUGGUGGAAAUUAUGGAGAUGAAGCACAAGACUGACUGCGAUACACAGCUGAUCAGAGGUUUGGUGUUGGACCAUGGUGCCAGACACCCAGACAUGAAGAAGAGGGUGGAGGAUGCCUACGUGCUGACCUGCAAUGUCUCUUUGGAGUAUGAAAAGACGGAGGUCAACUCUGGCUUCUUCUACAAGAGUGCGGAGGAGAGGGAGAAGCUUGUGGCUGCAGAAAGGAAGUUCAUUGAAGAUCGCGUGCAGAAGAUCAUCAGCUUCAAGAACAAAGUCUGUCCCAAUGGGGAGAAGGGCUUUGUCGUCAUUAACCAGAAGGGUAUUGACCCAUUCUCCCUGGAUGCCCUUGCCAAGGAGGGCAUUGUGGCCCUGCGCAGGGCAAAGAGGAGGAAUAUGGAGAGACUCACCCUCGCUUGCGGUGGUAUUGCCAUGAAUUCAAUUGAUGACCUCACACCCGAGUGCUUGGGAUACGCUGGGCUGGUUUUCGAACACACACUUGGAGAGGAGAAGUACACGUUCAUUGAGAAGUGUGGGAACCCUCGCUCAGUUACCCUGCUGGUGAAGGGACCCAACAAACACACCCUGACACAGAUCAAAGAUGCCGUAAGAGACGGUUUAAGGGCAGUCAAGAACGCCAUAGAAGAUGGAAGUGUUGUGUCCGGUGCAGGUGCUUUUGAAGUGGCUGUGGCAGACGCUCUGGUGAAACACAAGCCCAAUGUGAAAGGCAGAGCCCAGCUGGGAGUCCAAGCAUUUGCAGAUGCUCUCCUAAUCAUCCCCAAGGUUCUGGCCCAGAACUCUGGCUACGACCAACAGGAGACCCUGCUGAAGCUGCAGACGGAGUACAAAGAAAGUGGUCAGCUAGUUGGAGUGGACCUCAACACAGGGGAACCCAUGGUGGCUGGAGAAGCAGGUGUUUGGGAUAAUUACAGCGUAAAGAAACAGCUUCUCCAUUCAUGCACCGUCAUCGCCAGCAACAUCUUAUUGGUAGAUGAGAUCAUGCGCGCUGGAAUGUCUUCUCUGAAAGGUUAAAGGUGAACUGAAGAACCAGCAGCUGUUAUCAUACUCACAAGGAUAGUUGUUGACCUGACUGUCCAGUCAAAGUGUUCCUGCUCUAGGACGUCUGAAGCACCCCAGUCUGAUGGGCGGCCAGCUGUAAACCCCACGGCAUCCAUCACAGCGUCUGUCAGAACCAAUGUUAUGCUAGUCAUGUUUUUUUUCAUGGAUUUGUCAAUGCCUUCCUCUGAUUGGUUUAUUUAUGAGAUUUUGUUAAAAGCACUGGCCUCUGCCCCUCAGUUCUGUUUCUACCCAUUAAAGAUUUUCUUGGCUCUUGAAA